AUGAGCUCAAACAUCGAACUCGGUCCGAUGGAGUCGCUUCUGCGUGCUCGCUUCCGCUUAUCCAAUGCCAUAGUCAAAAACACCUUCCUGCAGUUUCCGGACGAAGAAGAAGUGGUUAGUCCACUUCGGAAGUGCGCUUCCGAGCCUCGCUUCACGUGCCUACUUCCAGAAUCCUUGGCCGCCAAAAAACCGGCCACACAUGGAGACGAAGACUGGCAGAAGUCUGGUCCAGAAGCUUUGGAGAUUGCAAAGACAGGUGUGGUGGACAGGCGGGACAUGCGGCAGGCGCAUGCCAACGGAGUUUGCCGGCCGUGCAGGUUCUUCACGAUGCAUGCGAACUCCUGCUCACGCGGGGCGGCGUGUUCCUUCUGUCAUCUCUGCAGCUUCGAAACGGCACUUGCGUGCAAGAAGAAGGACAAGCACAUGGCGCGGAAGGCGCGCCGACAGCGACGGCAAGGACAGCAUAACACAUGA